AUGGCUUCAGAAAGACCACCCAAGGAUCUCCGGCCCAUCAACCGGUUCAUCACCACCCACGACGCGCAAGGAAAGACCACAUUUUCCGACGCCGUCCCCGAGCAGGCUCCUUUCGAGGCCCUCCCCGAUGGCGCCGAGUUCUGCCUAGGCUACGCGACCAACCAGUUUCCAGUGCCGCUCGCCGAUGAUGGCGACGUCAAGACAUAUCAACACUACACCGAGAAUCUCCCCGGAGUAACCAUCGGCACGGGGACCGUACUGCGCGUUGUCGACAUGGCCCCUGGUGCACUGUCGCCAAUGCACCGAACCAUCAGCCUCGACUACGGCGUGGUGCUCGAGGGAGAAAUCGACCUCGUCCUAGAUUCGGGCGAGUCGAGGCACAUGAAGAGGGGAGACAUAUCCGUGCAGCGGGGCACCAACCAUGCGUGGAGGAACAGGAGCGAAACAUCGUGGGCGAGGAUGCUCUACGUCCUCCAGCCGGCGGAGAAGCUCAUAGUCAAUGGCGAGGAGCUCAAGGACAACAGCAGGGAGACGAUUCCUGGUUACGAGGAUAAGCCAUGA